AUGGCGCAAGAUUUCACAACCAAUUCCUGGCCGUUGGACUCCCAUGAAGGUCAGGUCGGAGCGAUAUACGAAAAGGAGCGUGUUUUCGUCACCAUGCCCAAUGCUGAAGUCAUUUUCGACCCUUUACGCGGCGUCCGUUCCGUUCAUCUCAGAAAGAAUAACCACUUUGGCCUCGAGGACCCACUCUAUUUCCCUCAGCCAUUCAGCCUUGCUCAUCCCCAUCUCGCCUUCAUUCCUCUUCCAUCCACCGAUCAUGCCGGCAUUUUUUUCCUAUGCUGGUGUCUUCCAACCCACAAUGAUUUUGAAUGGGUCAAUCCUGAAGAUGAAUCUGGAUCCUCGACUGGGCUGGGUCGAUUCAAAAAGGACCUUCUUGUCAAACUUCAUGAUACUGUCUCCAGGCUCAACAAUCAUUUGGCCAGAAUGGACACUUCGCACUCCUGUCUGACCCAGGACAAGUACAUGAAGAACUACGAUUGCAGUCUUCCCUGGCUACUGGCCCAACUGAACUGUCCUUGUAGUUUUACUCGGGCUCUACGCACCUUCGGGUUGAUCCAGCGCAUCUGUCUGGAGUGUGAUGGCCGCGCCGAAUGGUUGGUCAACUAUGCACAUCGUUGGGAACAUUCGGGUAUAAUACAGACUGGACUUGAGCCCGCUCACAUCGUCGGUGCCCUUGCAGGCAAUUUAGAGUUGACACAGCGUCUUUUUAACUUAGGUACGACUUGA